AUGGCUCACACGAAUGAGAAGAUUUUUACUUACGACUACGUGGUCAUUGGUGGGGGUACAAGUGGUGCGGUUGCAGCGCAACGUUUGGCAGAAGGAGAUACAAACUCUAGUGUGUGUCUUUUCGAGGCUGGUCCGAGUUAUGAAGAAAUCGCCAAUAGUCGUAUACCGGACGAGCUGCCACACAGUCCCGUAGAAGGCGAAGGAGUCAUUGCAGCAUUUACUCUUAUAUUCGAACCACAAGCAAGAGGUACCGCACGACUCUCGUCCAAGGACACAACAAGCAAACCAAUCAUCGAUCAUGCCUAUCUUGAAAAUGGUCUCGGUGUAGCUGUAUUUGCUGAAGGUUGUCGAAUCGGGCAUGAAGUGUUAAUGAAAGGUCGAGGAACAAAAAAUAUAAUUGUUGGCCCAUGGCCGAAAGCAAUAUCCCAUCCAAUGAAUUUGGCUGGUUAG